CGUUUAUUUUUGGUUCCUAAACUGCAACGUACUAUCGUCAGUCGUCACGUUGGCUUGCGAUCGGCUCCAAAACGUUUUACCGCACACUGACACUGCUUCUCGUGAUGAGAGUUACCCUCUGCCGCUCUGCGCCACUCCGUCUUCCUCUCCGCUCUCAAUUCCGACCUAACUCUAAAAAUAACAAUGGCCCCGUCUCCAAUGAAGCAUUAAGUAGCAUUACCUCGAAGAAGGUCCCUAGUCUUUCCACGGGAUUGGAGAUUCCAGGUUUUCGAGGUGCUCUUGUAUUUCUAUCUGUUUGCUGCGGUGGUGGCGGUGGUUUAAUGCAGCUGAUUUGAUUUGCUUGUUCUUGUUCGUUUGGACGAGUAGCAUUACCCAUUAAUGACAUUGAAUCUUGGAAUUAGAACGCUUAGAGGUGGUUGUCUCUAAAGUUCUGGUUUGGUUGUCUAUGGUUAUUUACAUACGCCAGAUCCUUUUAUAAGAUAGUUAGUUAUUGCUAUGUUCUAGCAUUGAUAUUUAUUGGAAUCCAAAUGGGUUUCUCUGGCGGUACUUCUGAGAUCAUUGAAUCUGGGGAGGAGUUCAACUUUUGGAAUCAUCCUAAUAGGCCAAAGCUACCGCGAAUUAAGCUAAGAGAAGGAGAAAAUAAUUCUCAUGCUUUACAUUCUCAGGAUGACCUUAAUCAGGUCAUUGAAUCAAUUGAUCUUCGAUUAUCACCCAAGCUGCUGAGCUUUUCACGUCAGGUUCUCGGAGAAAUACGGAACAGGGAAAUAUCUAGGGAAGCUAUUCGAGUUAGUGCAUCACAAGCAUCAGGAAUAGCAAUUUCUGAAUCUGUAACAAUGAAACAAGCUUUAAGAAGAUUAUGCAUUACGCAGGCAUCAGAACAGGCUGCAAUGAAGAGGUGGUCAAAACCAAUCAGCUUAUCUGGUGUCUCCGAUGCUUCCACAAUUAAAAAGUUGUAUACAUCAAUGGUUGCGGAGGAGAAUGAAUGUGGUCUUUCUGUUGGUGAACGGAAAAGGAAUUUAUCUGAUGUAUCUAUUGCUCCUAGAAGUACUUUUCUAAAUUUGUCUCAUGAAGGAACUCAGGUUUGCGGUACAUGUCAUGUAGAGAUUUCUCGUAUGGAAUCUAUUUCUUCUCCAAGUAAAGCUGCUUUAAACGAAAAUUUAACUAAAAAAAGAAUCCGGCAUGUCAUAGCUUCUCUCUCAAAAGCGGUUUCUGCUCCACAUAGUGCUGCAUCAACACCAAAAAACUGGGGUCGCUCGUCUGGGACAUCAGAUACAGAUAUAGCAAGAAAAGCAUACAACAAAGCUUGCUUGUCUGAUCUUGAUGAAGGAAGUGCGCUGAAUGUGCCUAGCAUCAUAAGUCCUCAAAUAACCAAAACAACAGUCGGAAACAAUUUUCUCUCUAAGAAGGGUAUGCAGGAAACAGUGCAGCCAUCUGCAAAUUCUAAUAGGUGUGUGAAGCCUAUUUCUGCAUCAUCAGGUACUGUGAAGCAGGCUGUUACAGUUGGAGCCAGAAACCAGGACAAUGUAGCCUGUGAGAAUCAUUGCAGUCCAACUAGUUUUAGCUUCAAAAGUGCCACUGCUGCUAAACUGACCAAAUACUCAAGGUCAAAAGAGAAGGGAAAUUGGUCACAAUGCUCAAUAAGUAGCCUUGGUGAAAACAGCAGCAGUACAAGUAAUAGUGAUGAGAGCAACAAUAGUGGCUCUAGUGUGGCUCGUCCUCACAUGUCUAAGGAUGUAAGAUGGACAGCUAUACACCAUGUUUUGAAUCAACAUGGAGGCUUGGAUAUAAGGAACUUCAAACUAAUAAAAAAGCUUGGAUGUGGAGACAUUGGAACUGUCUAUCUUGCUGAGCUAAUUGAAUCCGGAUGCUUUUUUGCCCUUAAAGUGAUGGAUACUGAAUCCUUGAUCGGUAGAAAGAAGAUCUUGCGUGCACAAACUGAAAGAGAUAUUCUACAAAUGCUUGAUCAUCCAUUUCUUCCAACAUUAUUUUCAAAUUUUACAACAGACAACCUCUUAUGUUUAGUUAUGGAGUAUUGUCCCGGUGGUGACCUGCAUGUCCUUCGACAAAGACAACAUGAUAGGAGGUUCUCAGAACCAGAAGCUAGGUUUUAUGUUGCAGAGGUCCUCCUUGCUCUGGAAUAUCUUCACAUGCUUGGUGUGAUUUAUCGAGAUCUUAAACCGGAGAACAUCUUGGUUAGAGAGGAUGGUCACAUUAUGCUCUCAGACUUUGAUCUUUCACUCAGAUGUAAUGUAAAUCCAAUCCUCCUCAGGUCCUCUUCAUUGGCGGGGAAGGAAGCUGGAAGGAUGUCAGGUCCUUGUGCUGAGUCCAGCUGCAUAAGUCCCAACUGCCUUCGUCCAUCUUGGCCUCAAAUUUCGUGUUUCACCCCUCGUCUAAUAUCUUCCUCCAAGGCAAAGUUGCGGAACAUAAGCUCUGGUGCAAGUAAACAGAUCGCCACUCUUCUGCAGCUUGUCGCUGAGCCAACGGAUGCACGGUCGAACUCCUUUGUUGGCACACAUGAAUACCUGUCCCCUGAAAUCAUUACAGGCGAUGGACAUGGAAGUGCUGUAGAUUGGUGGACAUUUGGAAUAUUUUUGUUUGAGUUGCUCUAUGGUAUGACGCCCUUCAAGGGAUCUGGGAAUGAAGAGACUCUGGCCAAUGUGGUGUAUAAGAACUUGAAGUUUCCAGAGACUCCAACUAUCAGCUUAAAUGCGAAGGACUUGAUCAAACGGCUACUGGUGAAGGAUCCGGACAAUAGACUCGGUUCAGUGAAGGGAGCAGCUGAGAUCAAGGGGCACCCAUUUUUCGAGGGUCUCAAUUGGGCUUUGAUACGAUGUGCGGCUCCUCCGGAGAUUCCAGGAAGAUUUGAUUUGAGUUCAUCAUUGGCUCGGAACAAGAGAAAGGAAGGCAAGUGCCUGAGUUUUAGUAAGGAGGAUGUGGAAUUUGAUUUAUUCUAGUAGAGUUGGUCUCUAUCUAAUAAACUGCGAUGUAACUCUAAUUUCUACAAAGGCAAAUGAGCUUUCUUUCCUUGUCAGUGGCAUCAUCUAUGUAUGGAAAUUGGAAUUAUAUUCCAAGAUGAGCAUACAUUGUUUUGGCAGUGGAAUGGAAAUCCUGUAACUUCUACUCGAAACUUUGUUUGUUCCAUGAUUGAAUUGCAUUGUCCCAUUACCCUGAACCUUUGUAAGCAUCUUUCUUUGGCUAUGUUUAGUUUAU